AUGGGUGUGAACGGCCUCUGGACCGUCCUCCAACCCUGUGCCCGCCCAACCAACCUCUCCACCCUCAACCGCAAACGCCUCGCCAUCGACGCCUCCAUCUGGAUCUACCAAUUCCUCAAAGCCGUCCGCGACAAAGAAGGCAACGCCCUUCGCAACAGUCAUGUUGUCGGCUUCUUCCGUCGAAUAUGCAAACUACUCUGGUACGGCAUCAAGCCCGUCUUCGUCUUCGACGGCGGCGCUCCCGCUCUCAAGCGCGCCACCAUCCAGGCUCGCCGGCGAAGACGAGAGGGUAGACGCGAUGACGCCACGCGAACAGCAGGAAAACUACUAGCAGUACAAAUGCAUCGGAUGGCAGAGGAAGAAGAGGAACGGAGGCGCAAAAGGGCUGAGGCGCGAGAAGGCAAGAAGACGGCAGCAGCAGCGGCAGCAGCAGCAGAAGAAGAGGAACAGGAAGUCCUGCCGGACAUGGACAAAGUCGUCUACGCCGACGAACUAGGCAUGUCAAUACAAGAACGCCAAAAGUCUCGACGCUUCCACAAACAGGACGCCUACCACCUUCCUGACCUCGACGGCGGCAUCGAUGCCAUGGGCAAGCCGGAUGACCCGCGCAUCAUGUCUGUCGAAGAGCUGGAAGAGUACGCUAGGCAGUUUGAGAACGGGGAGGAUAUCAACUUGUACGAUUUCAGCAAGAUCGACUUUGAUGGCGAGUUCUUCAAGUCUUUGCCGCCGGCUGAUCGGUACAACAUCUUGAAUGCGGCGAGGUUGCGGAGCAGAUUGAGAAUGGGGUUGAGUAAAGAGCAGCUGGACGUCAUGUUCCCUAACCGAAUGGAUUUCAGUCGGUUUCAGAUUGAGAGAGUCAAGGAAAGGAAUCACUUGACGCAAAGGUUGAUGUACGAGAUGGGCAUGACGGGCCUGGACCUGACGCUGGCGGUGAAUGCCACAAGGGUGGCGGGCGAUCAGAAUAGGGAAUAUAUCCUGGUCAAGAACGAGGGUGCCGAAGGCGGGUAUGCGUUGGGUGUGGUGAGUAAGGAGAAGGAUAAAGGACAGAUGACGAAUCCGAUUGAUGUGGAUGAACUAGAGUUUCAGUUUCAGGGCAAGGGAGAGGAAGAGGAGGAUUCGGAAGAGGAUGUCGACUUUGAGGAUGUGCCGAUCGAAGGGUUGAAUCGGUUGCCCAAGCUGAGUAGGGCUGCCGGUUACAGGGCGAGGGGGAUUGCGAACACGAGGAGGCAGUUCUAUGAGUCGAGACGGAGUGAAGAGGCGGAGGAUGAGGACGAAGAUGACGAGGCUUUGUUCGUGGACAACAGACAAGAUGCCGUCUAUGGAGAGGAGGAUGCGAUGCAAGAAGCUGAUGAGGAGGAAGACCUCAACAAGGCUAUUGCCAUGUCUCUUCAGAAUCAGCAUGGUAUUGGUAUGCAGCCAGAAGAGAAGGAGGAUGAGGAUAUGGAGUUUGAAGAUGUUACUCCCCCAGAGUGGACGCAGAAAGCGGUGGAAGCGCCCAAGCCCAUUGUUAGCACCAGUGGUCGCAUGGUUGCACACAUUGUCAACAACAGGGCGAGUGCCGCCGUCCCAAGACGAAGGGAGAGUACCGACAGCAGUGACAGCGAGGGAGAUAUCCGAGCAGCCAUGGCCGCCGCUAGGAGGAAGCAAGCAAAGGUUCCCGCGCCAAGGCCAGUGGUCGAAAACCGUCCUGCCCCUGCCAACACUCCCUUCAAAGGUCCACUUCCAUUUGAAAAGCUGAACUGGAAGCAACUGCUCGGGGGCAACCGACCGAAAGCACAACCUCAGAAGGAGAAGGUGUCUGAACCGCCCAAGCCAGUUGAAACUGGUGAGAUGGAACCUCAGUCUGAUGACGAUGCUGGCGGUUUUGAGAAAGAGCCGAAGGAUGCUCCUCGUCCAUUACCGCCAUGGCUAGCGAAUAACGACGAAGACAUUCGCGACACUGUACGGAAGCAGCGAGAACAGGACAGGCAGAUGGCUGAGGAGGAUGAAGACUUGGCUCGAGAAGAGCAGGCCAGAAUUCGAAAGCAACGAGAGGAUGAAAUCCUGAUGAUUGAGUCAUCCGAUGAAAGUGAUGGUGAUCUGGAGAUUCUCGAUGCUCCUCCAUCGCCCAAGAAGCCCACUCAGAUGCCGGGGACUAGCUUGUCUUCUUUGGACGACGAAGUCUCGCAAGAACCAGUUGAGACCAGCCGUCGAUCACCCUCCCCUAAUGAGGAAGAAGGUGACGACAUUGUGUUUGAAGACGUAACCCUUCCAUCUCAAACCAUGACUCUUUCCUUCGGUCCACCUGCCACCCAAGCUGAAGAAGACGCCCAAAUCGAAGCCGACCUCUUCAAAGACGUCCUUCCUCCACCUGCCCAACAGGAACGAGUUGAAGGUUUGGCGGCGGUUCCAGACGAUACCACCACUGACAUCGUCCCCGACCCAGACGCCCCCGCCCUUUCCGAAUUCGAAGACGACUUCAGCGACCCCGAAGAACAAGAACUCCUUGCUUCCCUCGCCCAAGAAGCCGAAGAACACGCCCGCUUCGCCACCCAACUCAACCACAAGACCUUUCAAGAAAACCAAGCCGCCUACGAACAAGAGCUCAAAGCCCUGCGCACCCAACAACGCAAAGACCGCCGCGACGCCGACGAAGUCACCCAAAUCAUGAUCACCGAAUGCCAAGCCCUCCUCCGCUUCUUCGGCAUUCCCUACAUCACCGCCCCCAUGGAAGCCGAAGCCCAAUGCGCCGAGCUGGUCCGCCUCGGUCUCGUAGACGGCAUCGUCACCGACGACUCGGACACUUUUCUCUUCGGCGGCACCCGCGUCUACAAAAACAUGUUCAACGGGAACAAAUUCGUCGAAUGCUAUUUAUCCUCCGACAUUGAGCGUGACCUUUCUCUGUCGCGCGACCAACUCAUUGCCCUCGCCCAACUCCUAGGGUCAGACUACACCGAAGGUUUAUCGGGCGUCGGCCCCGUAACAGCCGUGGAAAUCCUCUCGGAAUUCCCCCCUGAACCUACACCCAUCUCGUCCCUCACGACCUUCAAAGAAUGGUGGACCAAAAUCCAAUCGUCCCCUCAACCAGACCCUGCGUUACUCUCCACUCCGUUUAGGCGCAAGUUCCGAAAAGCCCAAGCUACGAAACUUUUUUUGCCCGUCGGGUUCCCUAACCCGGCUGUCUUUGAUGCGUAUCUCCAUCCAGAAGUCGAUUCGACCCCGGAGCCAUUCCAAUGGGGCGUCCCGGACCUCGAGGGGCUCAGACAGUAUCUGAUGCAGACGAUUGGAUGGAGUCAGGAGAGGACGGAUGAGGUGUUGGUUCCUGUGAUUAGGGAUUUGAAUAAGCGGGAGAGGGAGGGGACGCAGAGUAAUAUUACGAGGUUUUUUGAGGGCGGGGUGGGGUCGGGGACUGUGAGGAAUUUGGGUGGUGGAGGAGAGGAGGCAUUUGCGCCGAGGAGAAAUGAAGUCAAGGGAAGUAAGAGAAUGGUGGAGGCGGUGGGGAGGUUGAAGGCUAGGAAUAAUAAGGGGAGUGGAGGAGGGGGACUGAGUUUGGCGUUGCCGGUUAUGGCGAUGGGGCCGUUGAAUGGGGAGGAAGAGGAGGGUGGUAAUAAGAAGAGGAAGAGGGGGAAGGGGAAGGGGAAGGGGAAGAAGGCUGCUGCUGUGGAGGAAGAAGAAGAAGAACAAGAGGAUGUGGAUGGUGAGAAGGAGGAUGAUGGGCCAGAGGGAGAUGAGGAUGAUGACGAUGUUGUUGGUUCGAGCUCGAAGUUGAAGAGGGGUGCGGCCGGAGGAAGAGGAAGGGGAAGGGGAAGGGGGAAGAGAGCGAGGGCGUAGGUGCCGUGCUGUAAGUGCAGAGAUACCCAACCAAUUUUGGAUCUUGUUGACAUCUGUAUUUAUGUAGAGGUAUUGUUUGCUCAUGCGAGUCUGUGUCAUUCUUUAUCU